AUGGAUCUCUCUGCUUUGCCAAAUAACAACCAUCCUGACAAAUUCCUGCAGCUGGACGUGAAGUUGUUAAUGAGGAACUCAGCCCUCCUUCAGGCCAGCCUGGUGAGGUUUCCGGGUGGGAACUACCCGGCUGCACAGCACUGGCAAAACCUUGUCUACUCACAGAACCCAGGAACAUUCCACACUAAACCUGUGAGCUGGAGCGACAGGCCCAGGAGAGAAAAGAAGAAUAUUACUGCUCAACGAAUGAGGGGAUCCAGUGUGAAGGGUACUGUCUUCGUAGAUAGGCCCCCACCAUCUCUCUCAUCAGUUCUGAAGAAUAACCCACUAUAUGGUGACGUAAGCUUGGAGGAAGCUAUGGAAGAAAGGAAAAAGAAUCCUUCAUGGACCAUAGAAGAAUAUGACAAGCGUUCCCUGCACACAAACCUUUCUGGGCAUCUGAAGGAAAAUCCUAAUGACCUACGGUUUUGGUUGGGAGACAUGUACACGCCCGGUUUUGAUACCUUAUUGAAAAAGGAAGAGGAACAAGAGAAGCAUUCAAAAUACUGUCGAAUAGGUCUGAUUUUGCUCCUUGUUGCCUGCAUCUUGGUUUCCAUAGUGACUGUUAGCACAUUUUUCACCUAA